AUGCGUGGGCCUGGUUGGAAUUGGCGUAUUUCCACAAUUCCGCCGCCACCAAAAUUUACUCCUUGUCACCUCGAUCGGCCAUCGCAUGAAAUCAACAGACCCGAAACCGUGAACUUAAGUGAUACCAAAUCCGCCGCGAAAUCCGCGCUAUUCCGUAUGAUAUGGAGUUACCUUGGCCUAGAUGCCCUAAAAGUCAUCAUGAUGCUCGAUCCCUAUUUCUGGGGUAUUGUUUCUUCCCCGCCACCAUCACCUCUCGACUCCUUCGGCACUUUGGGAAUGGCCGCCACCCAAACCUAUCGCCUCGUCUUCUCACUGAUGGGCGUUAUAUGUGCAGUAGAAUGUGCGGCUUCCGCCGUUUCUCUGCUCUGUCUUAGCAUUUCAUUAUGGCUCCCCUUCGCUCGCACAUGGACCUUGAUCCCAAUUGAAGCCCCAUGGUUAUACCCAAAAGCAUUUGGAUCUUGUUUUUCUUCGUUACUCGACCAUGGCCUCAUCGGCUUCUGGAGUAAAUGGUGGCACCAGAUUUUCCGCUUUAGCUUCGUCCAGCCCAGCAAUUGCAUCUAUGAUCACCUUCCACAUCGACUUCAAAAGCCAUUUUUAAGACGGCUUCUCCAGUUGUACGUUGUGUUCGGCUUGAGUGGCCUAUUACACGCCGCUGGCAGCUACACGCAACUGGCCCCAACAAGACCCUUCUCCGGCAUUUUCCUGUUUUUCUUUCUUCAGGCCCCAGCAAUCAUGUUCCAGGACCUCAUUGUCAAACAUGUCAUCGCGCGUCUUCCGUUUCGCUUUCCACACUGGCUCUGUCGAUCCACGAAUAUCAUAUUUGUUGUGGUUUGGGCGUUUUUAAUUGGACCCCUGGGCGCAGAUGAUUUUUCAAUAGGCGGAAUAUGGUUGGUCGAGCCGAUUCCCCUCAGCCCGAUUCGUGGUUUGGGAUAUGGUGCAGAAGGCGAAGGCUGGUGGUGUUGGAAAGGACAGGCAUUUCAGCAAUGGCGGGGCGAAAAGUGGUGGGAUGUUGGGAUACGGAUUAUGUGA